AUGACAACGAAUAGGCUCGCACGAUGGACUGAAGAACAGGAGUGUUGUAUUGAGUUUCUCGCCCGACAUGCUCACAAUGCCAAUUUCAACUUCAACGUCAACUUCAAAAUCAGCGCCGAUGAGAACUUCAGCGAUAAUGUCUAUGUCAAUGCCAAUGUCACCGUAGAUGAUAAAGUAAAUAUCAACCACAAAGCCACUGGCAAAUCCAACGAUUACUUCAACGUCCACACCAACAUCAACGCCAAUGCCAAUGCCAACACCAAUGUCAUCACCAACAUUACCGUCAAAGAUAAAGUAAAUAUCGGCCUAAAUGUCAUUGACAACCCCAACGCUAACGUCAAUUCCAAUGUCACUGUCAAGGUUUGGUCAACGUUAGCCUCAAUACCAAUGGCAAUUCGAACAAAAAUGGAGUGUGAACACCAACAACAACGCUAA